AUGCCCGAUGGGCUGACUGAGUCGACUCCCGUAACGUUGACAAUCUGCUCAGCGACGGAGGAGAAGAGCGUGCAGGCCAAGCUUGAGCUUGUCGCUCUUGCCAACGAUGUGGCCGCUCAAGCUCAGGCCAUCGAUCCGGUGCUUGCCCGUGCUCGAGAAGUCGAAGGAAACCCGAAUGCUUCUGUUGAUGAGCUCCGCAAGGCAGCCGAUCAACUCGAACAAGGCCGUCCUCUGCUUGAUGCUCUCAACAACGACUACGAGAAGAUCAAGGCUCUCGGAGAAGCGGAAACGCCUGAAGGCCAGAAACUGGCCGUUGCCACCCUCGAGCGUCUCGAA